AUGAAUCGAUACCGUGUGGGUCUUCUAUGUGGCAAGAUUCUUGAGGAGGGUUGUGCGAUGGCGACUAGUUUGCUGCCUACUCCAGCUGAACUUGCGUCUGAGAAGAAGCAUGGGAAGAAGGUAUACGCACAAAGCUCUAUGUUGGAUCCAACCAAAGCAGAAUUCGUUCCUGGACAAUCAAGCAUGAAUGACGUUCUUACAGAUGCCUUCCCUGGCUACAUGUCUGAGCUAGCAUGGUUCGAUCCGAAGAGGCCAUCAAAACCCGGAGCUAUCGGACUUCUGCAAAAUCUUGACAAUGCUAUCGAUGCACAGCCAUCUAUCAAGGUCUUCUGGACGGAUGAAAUGGUGCUUGCCGGUAUAGGCAUAGCAUAUGAACCGGAACAGACGGAAAUCGUUAUCGGUUCACCAGAGAUCUUCCGCACGACUGAACUACUCGAAAUUCCUAAGGAUGAUUGGCUUUGUGGCCUGACUUUCACAACCAGCGCGUCGCUAGAUUUCAUAAAUGGACCACGCCACCGUCGAGUCGUGGGUAUCGAGUUUCACUUCUUCAAGGCAAAGACAGUGGCGAUGGGAGACAUGAGCGGCCAAAAGAAGGCGAUCGUUCACCACAGUGACUCAUUCAUCCCUCUUGACAAGGCACCCAUCGAAGCAUCCACUCACCGACUCAACCCCGAAGUCAGGAGCCCAGGACAAGAAUCGAACGUUACAGAUCCUGAAGUUGCAAACUUCCUAUGGGCAAAGGAAGUACCACGGGGCAACCUUCAAGUAUCGCCCUGCUAUCCUUGCCAACCAGACCCCCACAUGAGAACAGAAACCCUUCUAUUUGAUUCCGACACUGUUGAAAAUCAUAGCGUGGAUAAAAUUGGCAUUGACCCUCAGCUUAAAUUCUUCAAGGUCUGGUUCCAUCCUAGGAGAUAUUCGGCCAAUCGGUCAAUGGGCUAUUCCUCGCAGGCGAUGCAAUAUCUAUCUCUUGAGAGGGGUGAGGUCAUCGUUCAAUGCUACGCCACCGGCGUUAAACGGGUUGAAGGUUUGCGGCUCACUACUACCCAUGGACGACAGAUCAUUAUCGGCAAGGAUGGACCGGACGCGAAAGCGCUUGUUGACCAGGUCAAGAGGCAAUGUGUCAUGGGAUUUUAUGGUACCUGGACUAAUUAUGGCGCUCUGAAGGAGACCUUGCUAUCAUUUGGUGUUCUCACUCGUGAUGGACUAAUUUCACUAGGCUAUGCCCUAAAGGAUACAGAAGUUGAUUCUCAUAAUUAUCGUUGGUGUCCUAGUGGUCCCGCCCACAAGCCUUCCAUGAAAGAAAUCGAUCCAAUCUACGGCACUAUCACAGCUCCUGACCAAACGAGAGUCGCCUGGCUAGACUGUUCGAAACCUAUUCAGACUGUCGAAGCGACCAUCUGCCACCGCACAUAUCGCCCAGGUCUCCCAAUAGUGUCAAUCACACAUCACUUCGCCGACGGUUCGAGACCAUCAAGCUUUAGCCCUACCGAGGUCCACGUGUGGGAUGGUGAUAAAGGGAACCGAUUCCGUUGUCACUGCGGUGACGACGAUGAUGGAAACCACUAUAUCAAAUACAAAUGGGAAGUUAAAGGCGCCCGCCUAGAGACUGUGCGUCUGUGGAUGAACAAAGAAGGGAUCCUGGAAGGGCUGCAGUAUGCAACGAAAGAGUACCUCAGUCCCUUUUUGGGAAGACCCACUCAUUCGGACCACUCUGUAAAGUUCGACUUACCAUUCGCAUACCCAACAGGCCCAGCACUAAAGUUCUUCCUUUCCUCAGACAAGAGGAAUAGACGCGGUGUUGACUUUGUCGUUGCGGCCGUUCAGCUUCUCAAUGUUGAGGUGAGGAAUAAGCAGAAGAUAGAACGCAAAUGGAUCGACCCAGAACUAUACAUGCAACAGAACCUUACGAGGAACAGGAUGCAACAAGAUCAGCAGUUCGGUGCACUGAUGCGGGGGCUUGAGCUCUCGAUCGAGAGCUCGAAGGAGUUGAUGAGGAACUCGGGGCUUUUACGAUAG